GACUUUACCUAUUAUUACUUACCAUCUAAUGCGCUAAAGAGGCGGACAGCCAUUGUCCUGGUCUAAUCUCGCAUCUUAUCUUAGCACUCUCUUAUAAGUGCCCUCUCUUAUAAGUUUUUCCCUCCGUCCGUCAAGUCGACUAGGUAUACAUGUGCCGCCUCCUUUUCAACACGUUCGCCAUGUGUACUCUUUGAAGUACCCAGCUUACACCAUAUAUCCAAUUCAUGUGCAUUGCCCUUCGACGGACGGCCCAUGGUCAGAGGCGUCCUUGCUGCUACUAGAAAUAUUUUGCGCUGAGACAUGGGUAUCGUCUAAUGAUAUCCGCCAAUUGCGACAGGCAGCGUUUACCUAGUUGAAAUAUCUAAAGUACCCCAGAUAAAUCUUAAAGAAAUGGCUGCUACCGUUGCUAAACCCGGCCUCAUUCCACGGGUCAUACAGGAACACAGCUUGCGGCCCGUCGCGAACACAGACACCAACAAUGUUCUCCAGCCAGAAGCUGACGUCGAUCCAAAAGUACCACCUCAACACCAGCGAUUAAAGCUGAGCGACUUUUCCCUCGUGAGGACUUUAGGAACUGGCACCUUUGCUAGAGUCUGUCUAGUCCAUCCUGCCGGCGCUAAAGAAGACGACCGUGACAAGGUGUUCGCUCUCAAGAUCCUACGGAAGGCCGAAGUUAUCAAGUUGAAGCAAUUAGACCACGUUCGAGACGAGCGUCGCAUACUAAGCGAUGUCGCUGGUCACCCUUUUAUUACCGAAUUAAUCACCACCUUCUCCGAUCACGAUUCCUUAUACAUGCUUCUCGACUAUGUCCCAGGUGGUGAGCUCUUUAGUUAUCUACGAAGACAUCGGCGAUUCCCAGAAGAAUGGGCCCAGUUCUAUGCUGCUGAGAUCGUCUUGGUACUCGAAUAUCUUCAUGACGACCAGGGCGGUGUCGCAUACCGCGACCUGAAACCAGAAAACCUCCUCCUGGACGGCCAGGGUCACGUGAAAUUGGUCGAUUUUGGGUUUGCGAAGAGACUCGGUAGCAGGGAUAGUAGACCUGUUGAGACCUAUACUCUUUGUGGUACACCCGAGUACUUGGCGCCCGAGGUUAUUCAGAACAAGGGACACACCAUUGCCGUUGAUUGGUGGGCCCUGGGUAUUCUGAUCUACGAGUUCCUUACUGGCUAUCCUCCAUUUUGGCAUCAGAAUCCUAUUGAGAUUUACAAGCAGAUAAUUGAGAAGCCCGUGCUCUUCCCCGCCGAACCCCCUAUCUCGCCUAACGCGCAAAACAUCAUCCGUUCGUUCUGUACUGUGGAUCGCUCUAGGCGAUUAGGAAAUCUCAUCGGCGGUACUCGUCAAGUUAAGGAGCAUCAAUUCUUCGAAGGCAUAGAUUGGAAUGCGCUUUAUAGCCGGCAAAUCAGGCCCCCGAUACAGCCCAACGUACGGUACCCGGGCGACGCACAGUGCUUCGAUAUCUACCCGGAGGACGAUGGUAAGCGGGAGCCAUAUACUAACGAACUGUCUCGUCAAUAUGACCACUACUUCGAAGGGUUUUAAAGAAUCAUGGAUAAUGAAAUAUCUUCCAACUAUCUAGACGAGGCUAUACGAAGGCAAGGCGUAAUUUGCGGGGUCAUUUGGCUACUAUAGGUAGAGAUUCCCAGCGACUUGGUUAUGAUGUAUUUAUGGGACCUACAUUCGCACGAUUUUCAGGAGUCUCGGUAGCGUUUGCUAUAUAUACUAUAAGAUAUUAUGAGGGGCAGUCUGAGGGCCCUAUCACGACAUCUAGGAUAAACUAGCGCAUCGCGGGGUUCUUGUUCC